AUGGAAACUAUGGACGAUAAGAAUGGUGUAAAUGAUUUUCAUAAACAUCAAAUACAGCAGGCGAUGGACGCACUGAAUCGUGUAAAAGUAACUGGAAACGUGAAGUUUGUACAGGCAAAGAAAGCCAUAUUAAAACAGAAAGAAUCGUUAAAAAGAAAGAUAGAUGAAAGCACAGAUGAACUUAUCGACGUUUUAAACGUUAAAUGGACAACUUUUCAAGCUGAACUGUCUGAAAAUAUGGAGAAGCUCAAAGACAAUAUUGAACAUAACUGUACAGAAGGAGCAGCAUGUUUUCAGCAAGAUGAGAAACAAUAUUCAUCUUUGAACGAACUUGAAAAAUUAGAUCUGGAUAAAAUUUGUGUUCCAAAGUUUACACCUGUAAAGGAAAUCAAAAGCAAUUUUGGAAUAAUAGAAGACAAGUAUAUUGACUACAAAGAUAAAUAUAAAACUAAAUUCAAAAUACGAAGGCAAUACAACACAGGACUUUCUUAUAUUAACUACAUAGCUGUGUGUUCUGACGAUUCACUAUGGCUCUGCGAUACCGUUGACUCAACUGGCAUACAUAGAAUAGAAUUUGAAGGAAGUGACCGUAAAAGCGUAGCUAGAUUUUGUACAACUGAAUUAAAAAUAAAUGGUAUAGCUGUUUUGCCGAAUGACGAUCUCCUGGUUGCCACUGGUGGUUCUGUUAUCAAAUGUGUGGAUUUUAAAACUGGAGAAGUGUCAGACACAAACUACAACGUAAGCCCGUUACAAACAAGAGCAGUUUACAUUACGCCUAUUGGACAUGUUCUUGUGGCAGCAAUGACGUAUGGGACCGCCUUCAAAUUUCCUGUUUUGCCGGGACAUCGGGUCGUAUAUGUAUUUGACAAACAAGGCGAAAAACUUGCCAUGUACGAGUAUGAUAAGUUCGGAGCACCUUUAUUCAAAAUGCCGGACUGCCUCACCAGUACCAAUAAUGGAAAUAUUAGUAUAGCAGAUUUUACUGCAGCUGGGGGUAAGGGAAGGGUAAUAGUGAUUAAUGAAGCAGGGAGCGUUCUAAACGUCUAUUCAGGACACCCCGAUGUUAGUGAAAAGUUAUUAUCACCAGUCGGGCUAACAACAACUGAGAUGGACACCAUAAUACUUUCUGAUAUGAAUAGUCAUACUCUGCAUAUUUUAAAUGAUAUCGGACAGUUAUUGACUUACGUAAAUACAAUGGAAGCCAAUUUCCCAUACUGUACAACAUUUAACACAUAUGGGAAAUUAUAUCUCGGAUGUUCAGCACCCAUAGGAAAGUCCGACAAAAUCAAACUUUAUGAAAUAGAUUUUUCUAGUUAUAAAAAGUGUAAAAGGGAAAAUAGACCUUCUGGUUUAUCGGACGAACACAAAUUAGUAUGGAAAGCCAACGGGGUCAUAACUCUUAAUUCGUAA